AUGAAACAACUCACAAAACUCUUGAAAUUCUUUCCAAGUUCAGAAAGUGAAGUUUUUUCAAUGGUGGAGGAACCUGAAGUGAAAUCACCACUUGUUGAGAAUGUGAUUGCUGAAACGGAUUGUAUUUUGGCAUUGAUAGGGACUGGUGGGUGUGGAAAGAGAUUAGAAAUGAAAUUUAAGGAAAAGGAAAAUUCGAAUAAUUAUUUGAAUAGGGUGAAACUACUCUCUGGUCAGGAGUAUUCUCUUUUUCCAGAGAGUGUGUGGAACAAUGAAUUAGCAAAAUUGAUAUUUCAAAUGUAUCAAGAUGAAGGAUUUCAAAAUGAAUUAUUCCAGAAUAGGCAAAGAAUUCCAUUUUUGGAAAGUAUUAAUUAUUUUACUGACAAGAAAAACUCUUCAAGAUUGUUAAAAAAUGAUUUUCAACUCAAUUUUGAUGAUUUCUUCUUUGCUUCUCGCAAAACAACUGGAAUUUCACCCUUCAAAUAUGUCAACAAUCACAAAAAGGCAAUUAUUGACACUGGUGGACAACGUACCGAACGUUCCAAAUGGAACAGACUCCAUAAUACUUACUCUCAAAAACUCCACAUUGGAUUCGUCAUUUCUCUAAGUGAAUUUGAUGAGUUGUGUUAUGAAGAUGACAUUACUCCAAGAUUCAAUGAAGGAUUAUCGAAUUUUGAGGAAUGGUAUGGAUCCCCAUUGGUUUCAGAGCAUACACUCUAUUUGAUAUUCAGUAAAUUUGAAGUAUUGGAAGAAAAGAUUAAAAAGGGAAUUUCCUUUUCGAGAUUUGUUUCAGAAUUUAAAGGAGACGAAACGAGUAUUGAAAGCAUUGUUGAGUUUAUCGUGAAAAAGUAUUUGGAAUUGGAUGUGAAGAGGAGAGUUGUCAAGUAUUAUGUAAUAUCUGCAUUUAAAACUGAACAAGUUUAUCAAAUGCUGAAUGAAAUAUUUGAAAUUUAA